AAUUAUUUUCUUUUGAAAGUCACUCACUCUCGUUCUCCCUGUCUCUGCUACAAUGGGCAACACGAAUCUUUGCACCACAGUCCUACCAUGUUUAACUUUCACAACUCUUUACCUCGCCUUCUUGCUGCUCCACUUGUCCAGCACGUUAGCCGUUAACUCUCCGUCUCCUUACAAACCAGUGGAUAAUAUUAUCCUUAACUGUGGCUCCUCUGACAAUUCGACUGCAUUAGAUGGUCGGACCUGGACUGGAGAUGUCAAUUCAAAAUUCUUCCCUCAAGAACUAUCACAAAACCAGGCCUCUCUUGCCACAAACUCACUUAAGCAAUCCUUAUCUGCUUCACAAGUACCCUAUACCACCGCCCGCUUGUCUGUCUCCCCAUUCACCUACAUAUUCCCAAUCACUACCGGCCAAAAAUUCGUUCGACUAUACUUCUACCCGGCUUCGUAUGGAAAUUUUGACCGGUCUAAAGCCCUCUUCUCAGUGAAAGUUGGACCUUUUACUCUUCUUAGCAACUUUAGCGCUUCACUUACUGCUGAUGCCGAUGGCGAUCCUGGUGAUACCAUAUAUAGAGAGUUCUGUGUCAACAUCGAGGAAGAUAAGAAGCUGAACUUAACCUUCACUCCAAGCGAUUCCAGUUCAUUUGCUUAUGUCAACGGAAUUGAAAUCUUGUCAAUACCCGCUAAUCUCUAUUUCACUCCGUCUGACGUUGAAGGGCUCCAAUUUAUUGGCCAGCAGAACUGGUACCUCAUCGGUAACAGAACUGCUCUUGAGAUGGUAUACAGAAUAAAUGUUGGAGGGAGCUCCAUCUCACCCACUGAAGAUACAGGAAUGUUUCGGAGCUGGAGUCCGGACAACAUGUACUUGACAGAAGAUAGAUUUUCACCUCUACCUAUUAACACAACUAUUGAACUGCAAUUUACCAAACAACCAGCCUACACUGCACCGGAAGAUUUAUACCGGACUGCCCGGACUAUGGGGAUGAACAAAACUAUCAAUAAGAGCUACAAUCUCACUUGGGAAUUUCCCGUAGAUUCUGGGUUUGUUUAUCUUGUUAGGCUACACUUCUGUGAGUUUCAACCAGAGAUUAUUGCUAUGCACGACCGAGUGUUUCUUAUUUUCAUAGCAAAUCAAACAGCUGAGACAGCAGCCAAUGUGAUGAAAUGGGCAGGUAGCAAUGGUGUUCCCAUAUACAGGGACUAUGCUGUGUCAAUGUUUAGCGAAGAAAACCAGAAGAAAAUGAACCUUUCUAUCGCCCUACAAGCUAAUCCGGAUGACCAUUCGACUUAUUUCAGUGAUGCAAUCUUGAACGGUAUCGAAAUCUUCAAAGUAAACAGCUCUAGUGGCAACCUCGCCGGACCCAACCCCCACCCACUUCUGUUGACCCCUCCAAUGGCUGUGCCACGGAGAAAUUCAACAGAGUUGAAGAAUAAUAGAACACCAAUAAUCGCCAUCGUUGGUGGAGUUUCCGGCUUUACUAUACUCUUGAUUCUUGUAGUCUUGAUUUUCCGACUAGCCAAAAGAGUCAAGUAUUCCGAGAGCUCAACAAAGGCAAGCGGGUCAACUCUACCAUGUAGUUUGUCUCGCUACUUCUCACUCGCUGAGAUUAAAGCAGCUACCAACAAUUUUGACAAAGUAUUCAUCAUUGGCUCUGGAGGGUUCGGUGAUGUGUACAAAGGAUACAUUAACGGUAGUGAGGCUACCCCAGUUGCGAUCAAACGAUUAAAAUCCGGAUCUCAACAAGGAGCUCUGGAAUUCAAAACAGAAAUCUCGAUGUUGUCUCGACUCCGCCACCUCCAUCUUGUUUCUCUAAUUGGAUAUUGUGAGGAUGGCAACGAAAAGAUACUCGUUUAUGAUUACAUGGCUCAUGGGACCCUUCGUGACCAUCUCUAUAACACCAAGUAUCAGCCACUUUGUUGGAAGCAACGACUCCAAAUCUGUAUUGGUGCAGCACAUGGGUUGAACUACCUUCAUACAGGUGCGACAUAUACAAUCAUUCAUCGUGAUAUGAAGACUACAAAUAUCUUAUUAGAUGAUCAAUGGUUGGCCAAGGUAUCUGAUUUCGGGUUGUCAAAAUUUGGCCCCAUUAUGUCUAAGUCCCAUGUUAGUACAGUGGUUAAGGGUACAUUUGGAUAUUUGGACCCGGAAUAUUAUCGCUUCCAACAACUAACUGAAAAGUCAGAUGUGUACUCUUUUGGUGUUGUGUUGUGUGAAGUGUUGUGUGGAAGGCCACCAAUCAUACGUACGACUGAGGAGCAUCCAAUGGGUCUAGCAGCAUGGGUCCUGCAGUGCUAUCACAAUGGAAAGCUGGAUCAAAUUGUUGAUCCAUCUUUGAAGGGGGAAAUUGAACCAGAAUGUUUGAAGAAAUUUGGCGAGAUUGUAGUGAAUUGUUUGCUUGACAAUGGAACCAAACGACCAUCAAUGAAUGAUGUGGUUGGGGGGCUUGAGUUAGCAUUGGAGUUGCAAGAGAGUGCAGAAAAAGAUGUCAGGCUUGAUUUGGCAGAAGAAAUUGACAUAAAUGAUGAUGAUGAGCAUGCUUUGAUCCCAAUGUCAGAUGUCAACGAAAGUGAUGACAUGAUUUUUUGUAGUAGUGGAAAAUUAUCAAGUACUAAUAGCAAUAGUCAAGUGACCGUAGUAAGCCGAGGAAGUUUUGCUAGUAAGGAUUCAGAUGGAUUGAUGUCCCCCAGGGCGGUAUUUUCUGAGAUUAUGGAUCCUAAAGGUCGAUAAACAAAGGAAAAAAAAAAGUUUCUAGUUGAAUUUUUAAUAUGGCUGAUCGUAACUGCCAUAGUCCUUA